AAUAAUAAGAAAAAACAUUUAUUGAUUCAACACCGAAUAUUAAGUAAAAAAUCAUACGCCACGCCCACUACAUGUUAUUUCGUUAAAUUCGUACGGCCAUAUCUUACGUCAACACGGAAAUGCAGUAAGGAUAAUCGAACCCCGUAGAGCAGCACAACCCAAUAAAAGUCAAGUCCAACCAGCUGUUUCGCCUGGGAAUUCUUAAGAAGCACGAGAUGUCCGAUUGGUCGUGUCAAUCUUUGAAUACCUUAAACGCAUGAAAAAGAUAUAUUCGAUAGAAAUGGUUUCAUCGACGAUGAAAGACGCUAAAGCCAUAGCAGUCUUUUGCCACCCUUUCAAGGCAACACUUUGUUUCGCUCGUACAAAGCAAAGAUGAAAAGGCUAGUUUAUAAUCGAACUCAGAUUCUUUUUAGUGGUUUCUUAUUUUUAUCGCUGUUUUUAGCGUUUGUUACCCCAGAAACUAACGCGUCCGAAUCUCCGAGUUCUGUAGCCUCACGUCAGAACAACAAACAUUUCCUACUCCCAUCGAGCAUUUAUACCAAAGGUCCACUUAAGCUCUUCCCAACUGUAACAAAGUCAAGUUCAACAGUUGUUACCAAAAUCGAAACGACGAGCGUUGUAUGCGCUAAGCUAGUUAACGUCACCGGGCCUUGUCUACGACGAAGAGGAGCCUGGGUUGAAGAACCCAUCGUCCUGAGCUUCCACGGAGACUUUGACGAUGCCUUCGACCUUAAGUAUUCACCAGUUCUUAGAGUUGAGACAACCGCAGCUCCGGAAAGUACGACGUUUGACGAAUCCCGAUUGAACAAUGACCCAUCAACCGCAGUCGCUUCAUCUGUUCAUGAUAGCGAAGAAAAUCAGCGACUGAAUGGAUUACCAUUCUUCUUCUUUCGCGGUAUCAGUCGCUGGUUUUUUUCUCUUCUCUCGCAGUUUGUCGAAACUAAGGUACCGCUACCAAUCAACACAAUCAUUUUUCAACGAACCAUCACCGUUACCCAGACAUCAACUGUUGUCAAUACCGUCUUCGUUCAACGGUGCACUCCGUCGCCCUUUCCCUUUUCAUUGUGUCGCGAAAGGAAAUCGUAUUCGAACUAUUUUCGAUAGUUACGUAAAAGAACAUUUAAGGGUUGCUCAAAUUUGAUAAACAACUGCUUGACAUUGAUUUAAUCUGUAGUGCAUUGCAUACACUUUUGAAAUACGUUAUUUUAUUGGAAUGUGCAUCUGUCUGGUGUAAAAAAAUCACCCACAUUUGUGUAAGAUUAACCAUCAUAUGAAAUGAUAUCGCUAAUU